UCCACGUCAAUCGAGUUGGAAUCUUGGAAAUUGGAGUGGCAUUCCGCAUUUGUCCACUAUGAAAUAGCGAAGUUGUAGCCGUGAUUGUACCAACUCUCAGUAUUCAAAGUGAACGUCUGUAACACGACAGAAAUAGAAAGCUUUUGCAGUAGGCUAUUUAUAGAAUUAAAUUAAAAUGAAACUCGUAUAUUUAUUAUUAUUGGUACUACCAGCCGCCUUACUGUGCUUCCAAAAUGCUAACACAAUAAUUACCAGAGCAGAGGAAGAUGAACUUGAUGAUGUAGUAGAUAUAGAGGGUGAAGACAACCAGGUUGUUGGUGAUGAUGUGAUUGAUGAUGAUGACUCUGUGGUUAAGUCAUCACAAGAUGUAGACACAACCAUAUUGUUCACUAAGCCCAUAACCAAUUAUGGUGAUGUUCCAUUUGAUUUACAAGCUGGUUAUCCUGUAGAGUUCCUAGUUGGUUUUACCAACAAAGGUUCUGAAGAUUAUCUGGUCGAGUCUAUGGAGGCUUCUUUCAGGUAUCCAAUGGACUACACAUACUACAUACAAAACUUCACAGCUCUGCCAUUCAACCGCGAAGUGAAACCAAAGCAAGAAGCUACAUUUGCUUACUCUUUCAUUCCUAGUGAAUCCUUUGCUGGACGUCCGUUUGGAUUAAAUGUUCAAAUCAAUUACAAAGAUGCUACUGGAAAUUCCUAUCAGGAGGCUGUAUAUAAUCAAACAGUGAAUAUUGUAGAGGUAUCAGAAGGCCUAGAUGGUGAAACAUUCUUCCUGUACGUAUUCCUUGGUGCGGCUUGUGUCUUAGUGUUAGUGCUUGGUCAGCAAGCAUUGUCAUCAUUAGGCCGUCGUCGUGCACCACGCUCUGCACCCAAACCACUUGAAACUGGAACAGCUAAUGAUGUUGACUAUGAUUGGUUGCCCAAAGAAGUUGUUAAUCAAAUCAAAAAAUCUCCAAAAACACCAAAACAAUCUCCACGCAUGAGGAAAGCAAAGAGAUCAGCAGGGGAUGACUAAAUUAUAGUUUGUAAUUGUGUAGUGAGAGAACAUCAAAUACUGCCCGUUAUGGCGAAAUCUAUCAAUUGAAAUAAGAAUAAGCAGAUUUGAUUACAGAUAAUUUACUUAAUUUAUACUCAGAUUUUUUUUUGUACAGUUCUUUAUUUAUGGUUAGGCAACAGAUAUUAUCUUUGGUUCAACAAAAAUAGCUAUUAAAUGACCGAUGUGAUCUCCAUUUUAGUUAUCUAGUAGAUGUUAUUAAUUAUUCUUAUAUUAAUUGAUGUUCUAAGACUGUAUGUGAGUGUGGCGAGCAUAAACAAAGGAACAAAACUGUGUGGACAUCCUUGCAAUAAUGUUUGUGUAUGAGACAUAAUUUAAAUAAAAAUGUUAAAUUUUGUACAA